UGAGCGCAUAGAACAAAAAUAAACAUAAAAAUUUAGAAAGAUGAUUGGUCGACGAUUUGCAACCGGAUGUUCUUUUCAUUCAAGGAUGAGUUCGAAGAUGAAGAUACAAAAACUAUGUAGAUCCUCAGGAACAAUCGCAAGUCCCUUUCUGUCAAAGAAUGAUCUGCAAAUAGCAAUGAAGAAGCAAAACGAUUCUGACUUGGUCCUUACUGGUAAAGUGAUUGCUUCAGAAGCAAGAAACUCUAACUUCGUCUUCUCUCCGGCGUCACUCAACAGCGUCCUAACUAUGGCUGCUGGCAUGUCUGCUUCCGAAGAACGGAAGGCCGUCUUCAACGAGACUGCUACCGUCGCUUUUGCUGACGGUAAGGCGAACGGUGGCCCCAAGAUCACGGCGCUAAACGGUGUUUGGGUUGAGCAAUCACUUCCGGUUGAUCAUUCGUAUAAGGAUCUCAUGGAGAAUGUCUUCAAGGCUACUUUCACUCAAGUUGACUUCAGGACCAAGGCUGAACAAGUGCGCCAAGAGCUGAAUAAAUGGACUUCAGAUCAGACGAAUGGUCUCAUCAAGGAUCUUCUUCCUCCUGGAUCCGUUGGAAGCAAAACGGUCAAGGUUUAUGGAAACGCAUUGUACUUCAAGGGAGCUUGGGAAGACAAAUUCAGCAAGUCUAAGACGAGAGACAGAGAAUUUCACCUUCUCAAUGACGCCUCAGUGUCUGUGCCGUUCAUGAGCAGCGAUAGCCGCCAAUACGUUAAGAGAUGUGAUGGUUUCAAGGUCCUUAAGCUCCCAUUUCAACAAGGCGUUGAUAUCAAGCGCAGUUUCUCAAUGUAUUUCUAUCUUCCCGACGAGAAAGAUGGUUUGGAUAAUCUUGUUAAGAAAAUGACAUCAACUCCUGGUUUUGUGGAUAAUUACAAUCCGAAAUGCCGAGUUACUCUUGGUGAUUUCGCAGUUCCAAAGUUUAAGAUCUCUUUUGGGUUUGAGGCUUCAGAGGCUUUCGAGGGAAUUCUGGUUUCAGAUGCUAUAUACCAUAAAGCUUGUGUCGAGGUCGAUGAAGAAGGCGCUGAAGCUGCUGCUGCAACUGUUUUGGUUAUGACCAGAUGCAGAAGCAUUCCUAGAAAUAGGGUUGAUUUCGUGGCUGAUCAUCCCUUUCUUUUCUUGAUUAGAGAAGACACAACGGGAACCGUUUUGUUUGCUGGUCAAAUUUUCGAUCCUUCCCAAUCUUCUUAACCGGGCUAAGAUCAGGUUUAACUUGGUCUGGUCUUAUUGUGGUAAAGAUUAUGUCCUGGCGGUUAUGGUUUUAGUGUUCUGUUCUCAUUUGAGAUUUUUAUAUUCAGAAACCGAAAUUAGUAGGUUUUAGUUUAUUGGUAACGUUCUGGUCAUUGAACUGAUGUGAUAUACGAUAUGUCUACGACGAUUUGGUUCAGGCCUGAUCGGUUUGUCUUGCUGUUUCUAAUUUAUAUUAGGGAU